AUUCCUCAGCUUGCAUGAUGAAAUGUGUCAAAGAUCAGUGUCCACAUAUAAUGGCUGAUGAGAAAGUGCGAAGCUACCUUGAAACACUCUGUAGAGAGAAAGGUUGUCUUCCGUUGGAUUUUAUACAUCAUUGUUUGCUGGAACACACUGCUGCUGACAUCUUGAAUAAGCUGAGUGAAAUCAACUUGUCAAUUGUAGCUCAUCUAUCUGACAGAAUUCUGGAUGAAGUCAUAGAAACACUUUCUCACACUCACAAGUUCUUGGCAACACCAAAGUUAUCUAUAAAAAGAAAAAGUGUCAAUGCACGAAAAGUUAGACCACAGUCAGUUGUGGAAAAAUUCCUUAGUUUAUCAACAAGUUCAGCGAAACUAGAACACUUAGGAAAAACCCGGCCCAAACGCCCUAAGAGUAGAGCUCCAACUCGUUCAAAAGUGAAGCCAUUAGAAACUCAUGAAGAUAUACAUAAUUUUAGUGAAGGACUGGAAGUUUUUUUUUGCCAUCAUCCAAACACCAUGUCCAUGCCAACCUUGUCACCUGACUCAGAUGAUUUAAGAUCUAGAACAUACAACAAUAGCACCACAACUAGUGGAAAUACUAAUGUCAGUGAGUCUGCAUCUAUUGGUAGCAGCUCUUACUCAGUUAUGGGGAAAAUGCAAGAGAAAGAGAAUGAAAAGAAAGGCUUCAUUAAGUGUAUAAGCAGUCUUUUUAGCUGGAUGUCAACAGACUCCAGUCAAAUGCACAAGUCUAAGUCUUAUGAUAUGUCUCAUAAGUCAAAUGUUGUCACCUGUAUAACAGAGACAAGCAGUUACUCCAGUGGAGCAGAAGGCGAAAGGAAUUUUCAUUUCAGUAAAAGAGAAAAGAAAGAAAAUGAAGAAAUUAUAGUAAAUGCACAAAGUCAACAACAUGAAGAAGGAAUGAGUUGUAUCUCAGCUGCUGAGAAGUUUUGGGUGAGGCUACCUUCCAAAGAACCAGGAUUUUGCAUCUUAGUAGAAAUGAAAGCUCAUCAAGAAAAGAUAUCAUCUGUAUUUGUUAAAUGUGCGAUGGAAAAUAAAACAAGCUCUGAAAACCUUCUUCAUGCAGUGAACCUUAAAUCCACAGGUCUAGCAAAUUCCCAAACAGAAGCAUUCUCCAAAGAUAAAGGUAUUUCCCCCAAAACUGGUAAUUGUAACAUAAGCCCAGGACAUAAACAUUGCCUUCCUCCUCCAAUAACUCCUAAGCCUCAACCUAAAUCUAUGCUCAGUGCUUUUGAAGGAAGAUUUUCAGAUGCAACAUCUCAAAUAAGAUCAAUGUACAUGGGUAGUACUGGAUCAGUUGAUCUUUACAGCAAAGUACCUUCUACUCUAACACCAAACUUAGGUCCAACAAAGAGAUCCUGGAUUUCGUCUACAAGUGUUUCUGAAACAACCUUAACUACAACAGAAAGAAACACACUGAGGUCAGGCAGCAGCUUAAUGAAGAACAAGCUUGAGAUAGAACAACAUCCUAAAACAUCAGAAAAUUAGAAUUUCAUUGCAGACAGUGACAUUGUGGAUGUGUAAUGGUUCCCUUAAAUCGUACUUGUUUCAUCUUUUUUUCUAAUCCUGAUAUGUUUAGAAACCUUUGCUGUUCCCUUUGUAACACACAAACAAAAACAAGGUCUAGCUAAGCCAGUUCAUGAGAAAAAGUCUAUAAAAACAGGGUGGAAAAGUAUAGAUAUAAAUUGGAGAAUCAUUUAAACCAUACCAGUUCUAGGAUUAUAGACAACAGAACUUUAAAUGAUAAAAAACAUAAACUAACAAAGCCUGUGAACUAAAACAUUUCUGAUGCCAACAUUAGUUACAUUAAGUAUCAGUGAGUUUUGGAUUGUAAUUUUAUAUACUGUAUAUGAACACUUAGGCUGUCUUCCAUGUUUAUAUGAAAAAUUUAAAAUGAAGUAACCAUCAUAUGUUUUGGAAAGUGAGGAGUUUUCUAUUUGGUAGAAUUACAUUUUAAUAACCAAAUAACAAUAACAUGUAAUAUAGAAAUAAUGUUUUCUCACUGCCAGUAUAUAUUGAGAUAAGUGUAGUAUUUCAUUAUUCAUGACUGUCUUACACUGCAUAUGCAGACACUUAUUGUGCAAAUGAAAAAGUCAAAUAUUUUCAAAUAAAACAGAUUACUUGGAAGUUAGAACUACUCACUGUAUUUUUUGAAAUAUUUGUUGAUGCUUUUGUUGUUUUAUCAUUUUUAUUUUUUAAGGAACCAAGAAAAUGAAAUUUCACAAUAACACAGUUGGACAAAUAGUUUUACUUUAAGCAGCAUUUUAUUUUGAAUUCUAAUAAAUUGGAUGUUGAAUAUUUAGAGAAGAAAAUUUUAUUAAUGUUAGUUUAUAGUAGGUUACAUGGUAAAUUUUUUUCCCUUGAUUGCUUCUUCUUUUGUUCAGUAGAAUAACUUAUUUUUGUUGUGAUUUGCUUAAAAAUUUAGAAGUUCGUUUUAGGAGUAACAAAUAAGCUGAAGCAUACUAAAACCUGGUGUUUUGCAUUGUCUGAAGAUGAAAAACAGAAAAUUGUUAAAUAAGCCUUACUUGUAGCAAUCCUUGUGUUUUGACCAUUUUUAGGUGUACAACUUGACAAAGGAAGGACAUUUAAGAUAUUAAUUAUAAAAGAAUGAAAUGAAACACGAUUAUAUUUACGAAAGUUACUAAUCGGUAUCGGUGCUUACAACGACAGUUGUUUUGGAUGUAUAUUUAAUCUGAAACAAGAAAGCUGUGUUUCCUUGACAAUUUCUUAUGGUUACCCCUUGUUCUAGUUUUUCGUCACAACAGAAAAAAACUUGAAUACAGUAGAAAUCCACACAUUUUCCUCUUAAAGGUUAAAAAAUAUUUUGUAGUUGGCUUGUAGUUAUUACAGGUACAGGUCUUUGACUUGAGUAUGAUAAAUAUAAUUCUAUAUGCUGUGAUGUAGAAUACUAGACCCCUUAUCUUCUAGAGGGUUUUAUUGUUCACUCUAAAGUGAAACUUUUCAACAACAUAUUUUAACUAAGUUAUAAUUCAUGUUUCCACCAUUGUAGCUUCUCAAGACAGAUUUAUUAUUUCACAUGGGUACUCUUUCCACAUAAAUCUUUUUUAUUCUGAGAAUGUUUCUUAGUUUCUAUUACUUGUAAGUAAAUUUCAUAAUAACAGAAUAAGAACUGUUUAAACUUAUGUUUUUUUAUAACGUGGAACUGAUUAAUUGCUAUUUUUGAUUUUAUAUGUUUUGCUUUCUGAGUGCAUAUAUUAGUUAAGUUAAAAAUAGUUUUGGUAGGUCACUAUAACUCCAAGUUAAUAAUAUAUAUAUAUUUUUAUU